AUGGAGGUAGUGGAGGACGGGCACGGAGCAAAGGAAAAGGGAAGCCCUGGGAAGCUUUGUUCAGCUGGCAUAAAGCAGAGUGCCAAGGGAGGGAGGGUGGACGGGCAAAUGAUGCCCGAUCAGGCCGGUUCCCCGCAAAUCGAACUAGGGAAGCUUCCAAUGCGUCAACCAGUUUACCAUCUUUACUCUCACAACCCCAGCCCCUCAGCCCCCUUGCCCCAUCCGACUGAAAUUCUGAAUGGCAACCUCGACUGA